GUUAAAUUAAUCCAUCCCCCAUCCAUCUUUUCCUUCUUCAACGCAGAGACAGCUACUACUUCUACUAGCACUCAUCAUCCAUGCACUCCACCAAACCCUACCCCUCAGAUUUGAAAUUUUCACAUUUCGAUCCGAUCGAAGGAAUUCAAAUAUUCAUUUCGCUAGAUUUAAUUGAUGCAUUUUCUAGACUCGAUGGCGGCGGCCGAUUCUAAUUCGCCAAUGAUGACUCGCGGCGGCCGAGUUGAGUGGAAUGGGGAGAAGGGAGAACUGACAGAUUCCGCCAGAGGAUUUCCGCCGCCGUUGCCCUGGCUUGCCAGGACGGAAAACUCGUCGUCGUGUAGAAUGCCGUGGGUCCUGAAGCGGUAUUACACGGAAGACGGGAGACUCGUCAUCACCGGCGAGAAAUCCGACCGCCACGAGUACUUGGAGGCCUACCGCUCCGGGAGUCGCCUCCGUCUACGCCUCGUGCCGCUCAGUGUCCCCCUCGUUGGCGAUGAAUCGCCGGAUGAAUGCGCGGAGGAGGGGCAGGGGGGGUCGCUUGGUGGCGAUGGAUGUGAUCGGGCGGCGGAUGCGGCGGUACAGGAUCGAUCUGGAACGGUGAAUGGUGCCGGAACCCUAAUGACCGACGCAUCCUGCGGCUGCGGCGGCGGCGGCGGCGGGGGAAAUAAGAAGUGUUCGAAUUCGUUAAUUAUUGGCGUGGGGGUGACAGCUAUAGCUCCCAUAGUUCACAUAUGACGACUGAAUUACAAGCCAUUUCUGAUCUUCUGCUUCUUCUGGCUCUUACCAUUCGCGCAUAUCGAGGAAAACGUGCACGAAAUGAAUCCAGACGACGGCGUUUAUCUUAUCCUCUUCUCCAUCCCAUGAAAAAUACUCCGUACAAUUUGUUUACAAUCGUAGUACUCCGUAAUAAUUACAUCUUCAAUUGCCAAUUAUGACUAAUUUCUUCUGAAUAAUUUUAAUUUUUAUGAAAAUAAUUAUCUAAAAAAAAU